AUGUGCUGCUUGGAAUUUCUUAGCGCUCGUGUGUCUUGCUUCCUGCUCCACCAGAGUAUCAGAUAUCAAUGAUUCGCCCAAAAUUAGAAGCAGAACCUUGAGAGCUGAGACUGAGAGAGGAGAUAGAAAGAAAGAAGUUUAGAGGUGGAAGAUGUUAGGAGGAACGUUUGUAUCAUCACCACUCAGCAACUCCAUCAUUAUCUCCUCUCUGUUUCCUCCUCUCAUCAGCCUCUCUCUUCCUCCCCUACCAAAGAAAUCCUACAACAACAGCAGCAACAGCAAUGUCUGCUCUGUAAAAGCGUCUCUCCCCUCCAAUCUACGUUUCAGUACCCCUUCUCUUCUUCUUCAUCUUAUUCUUGGGAAGGAUGAAAUAUCAAGCAGCAGAAUCACCUCAUCCUCUGGCUCUAAUCCCAUCUCUGCGCGAACUCGUGAUGGCUUUUGGGAAGAUCCGGAUGAUGGCAGUGGCAGCGACUAUGAAGUAGAAGAAGAAGAAGAAGAAGAAGAAGAAGAAGUAGAAGAUGACAUUAAUGUUAAUAAGACUGAAGCUACUGCCCAAUACGAAGAUGAGCUCCUCAAAGAAGUUGAACUGUUAUUAAAGCCAGAAGAGAGAGCAAUUUUGCAACAGAAUGAAGAUCCUGUUCUCAGCAAAAUAGCAAGUAUGAAAUGGAGCCCACUUCAUACUCUAGCGCUUUCAGGGCAGAUACCGUACAUGGAUAAACUUCUUGAAGGUGGAGUUGAUAUUGAUGCAGUAGAUAAGGAUGGUUACACCGCUCUUCACAAGUCGGUGAUCAGUAAAAAGGAAGCUGUUAUUAGCCAUCUUCUAAGAAAAGGCGCAAACCCUCAUGUUAGGGAUAGGGAUGGUGCUACCGCAUUACAUUAUGCUGUUCAAGUUGGUGCUAUGCAAACAGUGAAGCUAUUGAUUAAAUACAAGGUUGAUGUGAAUGUUGCAGAUGAUGAAGGAUGGACUCCGUUACAUGUUGCCAUACAAAGUCGAUGUAGAGAUAUAGCCAAAGUUUUGCUGGUCAAUGGUGCGGAUAAGACAAGAAGAAACAAGGAUGGGAAGAUGCCUCUGGACCUGAGCUUAUGCUUUGGGAGAGACUUUAAGUCUUAUGAGCUUGCGAAACUACUGAAGCUUGUACCGGCAGACAGAGAAGCUUGAGCUUUUGGACCCUGCCGACUUGCCAGGAAGCAGCUUGUAAGAACAGGCUGCAUUGGACUUGUGAACAUGACUUUAAGGAGAAGAUGUUCCGGACGUUGAAGCGUGCAUGCAACAAUCUCUUUACCGACUUGGUCAAGACCAGUCAACUCCAUCUGAACCGCGAUCGGCCAAAAAAUACCGAACUGGUCGCAUUCAUUGAGUCUUAGAUCACUCUUUAUCGGGAAUGUGUUGAAUCCAGCGAAGCCAAAAAGAAGUCGGCCGAGUUGGAGCACACGACCAUCGGCCAACAUCUUGCUUAUAUCGAGUGCACCUCUGCAGAGCUUGUGAGCCGACAUGCCUCGUGGAUUGAGAGGCAAGGGGUGGCGAGGGAGGCGAAAAUUGAGGCCACUAAAAGAUUUAAAGAUCUCAAGUCGGCCCACAUAUAGCCCUCAUUAUGCCCCCCUUCUUCAUCAUCUUUCUUUUCUUGUGACUGUUUUGUAACUAAUGGACCCUUAUCUCGUAUCUUGUAACUAAUGGACCCUUAUCCCAGGGCUUUAUCUGAAUAAAAUAUCUAUUUUACUGA